AUGACUGAUUUCCCUCCACUCAAAAAUGAUCUGAUUAUUCGUGCGGCACUCGGUGAAAAAACCGAGCGCGCACCAGUGUGGGUCAUGAGGCAAGCCGGAAGGUAUUUGCCUGAAUUCCGUGAAGAGCGACGUAAACACGAUUUCUUCACAAUCUGCCGGACACCGGAACUUGCGACCUUGGUUACCCUCCAACCAAUCGAUCGAUAUGAUGGAUUACUUGAUGCUGCUAUAAUUUUUUCUGAUAUUCUUGUAAUACCACAAGCUCUAGGUUUGGUGGUAGAGAUGGUACCCGAAAAAGGACCCGUUUUACCGAACCCUCUGGUAGUUCCGGAGGAUAUCGACACGAAAUUACAGAAGAAUGUUGAUGUAUAUCAGGAAUUAGGCUACGUUUUCAAAGCCAUCACCAUGACACGAAAGGCAUUAAAUGGUCGCGUGCCAUUGUUAGGAUUCAUUGGAGCACCUUGGACUUUGAUGGCCUAUAUGAUUGAAGGGGGAGGCAGCAAUACAUUGUCAAAGGCUAAAACUUGGCUGUUUAGGUAUCCCGAAGCAGCUAAAAGGUUGCUACAAAAAAUUACUGAUGUGGCUGUGGAUUUUUUAAUCGGUCAAAUCAUAGCUGGCGCGCAGAUGGUUCAAGUAUUUGAAUCAUGGGGUGGAGAGCUGUCUCCUCAUGACUUUACCACUUUUUCGUUACCGUAUGUUGCACAAAUUGCCGAGCGCGUCAAAGCAAAACUCAAACUCGACGGAAUAACCCCUGUUCCGAUGACAAUAUUUUGUAAAGGAUCUUGGUACGCGCUUGAAUCUUUAUCGAGCAUAGGAUAUGAUACUGUUUCAUUGGAUUGGACUGUUGAUCCCGUUUACGCAAAAUCAAUCACCAAGGGUAGGGUGACACUUCAAGGAAAUAUGGAUCCUAGUGUAUUAUAUGGAGAUCACGAUACAAUUAGGGCAACGGUCAGAAAGAUGUUGGAAACAUUUGGAACAAGCGAGAGAUACAUUGUGAAUCUCGGUCAUGGCAUUUUACCCACGGUUGAUCCGGAGAACAUGAAAGUAUUUUUAGAAACAGUUCACAGCGUUGGGCUGCAGUUAAACGGUGCCAUUGCAUAA